AAUCAAAUCAAAUGUCGUAAAUGUCACGUUUGUUGAUUUCAAAUGUCAUAUAGCUCUCUUUGUAAACUUAGAACAUCAUUUUUAAUUUGUUUGUAGAAGUAAUAAACCAAUUUGGCUACUUUGUAACGAACAUAAAGAAAUAAGUAAAAUGAAGUUUAUCAAACCAUCUAAUUUUAAGUGCUGAUUGCUCGUGUAAAUCGUAUAAUUAAACAUUCGUCUACAAUAUUCCCGCCUGUCAGAUUCUGUAACAAAAUGCUAAUUAGAAAUAACAUUUUAUUGUUUUCAAUAUUGUUAACUUUAUUACAAUGUUGUUUUUCGGAAUUUAUAACCAUGUCUAUACUCGGUGCCUCUGCUAUAGCUAGCUGGUACAAAUGGAAUACGAUAAAAGAUAAUACGUAUUGUCGGUAUGUGGAAUGUUGCAAUGAUCAGCAUGUGCCUUUCGAUAUUAAUAAGUUGAAAUUAACUUUAUCACAAAAAAUGUUUGGACAACCUUUAGUUGAUGAGUUGGUAAAUAUAUUACAUGCACAUAAGGAGGCUGUAAAUGAUCCAAACAAAAGCAACAAAAAGGCUCUAGUGAUAAGCCUUCAUGGAUGGCCUGGUGUAGGUAAAAAUUAUGCAGCUACUAUGAUAGCUGAGGCACUUUAUGCUAAAGGUAUGCACAGUAAAUAUGUCAAGCUAUAUAUGGGGAAGAAAGAUUUUGACUGCUCUAAUUUGCAGCAGAAAAAAGAAGAUUUGGUAGCUACUUUAAAUAGUAUUGUAAAAAAAUGUCCAAAGUCACUAAUUAUAUUUGAUGAGAUUCAUGAUAUGUGUCCUUCAGUAUUGGAUACAAUUAAACCAAUGCUUGAUCAUCAUCAUGCUGUAGAUGGCAUUGAUUAUAGAGAUAGUAUAUUUAUAUUCAUAUCAAAUAUUGGAGGUCACGAAAUAGCUACAAAGUUGUUGGAACUCUAUGAUCAAGGUGUGAAGCGGAAUGAUGUUGAAUUUCAUGACUUUGAGCCAAUUAUAAGAAGGACAGCAUAUUUCCAAGGUGGGUUUGAGAAGGCUGCUGCUAUAGCAAAUCACUUAAUAGACCAUUAUGUGCCAUUUUUACCACUGGAGCAGCAACAUGUGGAAAUGUGUGCUCUAGCCGAGUUUAGAUCUCAUGCCAUAUAUCACCCAACAAAGGAAAUGAUGGCGGAAGCUUUAUCAGUUAUAACAUAUGGCCCUAAUGAAGAUCAGCCAAUAUUUGCAAAUAAUGGGUGCAAGCGGUUUACAAGACACAUUCCUUAUGUAAUACAGAAGAAUAAACAGAAGACAGAGUUAUAAACAACUUUAACAACAAAGGUAACCUUGUGAUAUUUUCAACUGAUAUUUGUUAAUUUAUUUAGCUUUAAACCUUUUUGUACAAAAUAGUUGUAUUUCAUAAAAUGAGAAUAAUAAUACAGAAGCACUUUUAAGAGCAUUUGGUUUGUUAAGUUCUACAAAACAUCACACCUGUUUAUAAUGAUACAAACUCUAUUUGUUGACAAUGUUUUAUUUAGAUAAAGAGAAAAGAUCAUGUACUAUUAUUUAUUUUGUUAACAAUGAAGUUGCUAUACUCUUGGGAGUCUUGAUGUUAACCUGAAUAUCGUAUUAAUAAACUAACAAUGAUGUAAAUAAAAAAUUAAGUUAGAUAAAGUUUAUUUGCAAGGUGUAUUGUGUAAGGACUGUUCUCUCUCUGUAAAUGUUGAAUUAUAUUCACUAAAAGUGACUAUUUGGCAAUAAAACCAUUCAUUACUA